GCGCCCCAACGGCACGGAGCAAGACCCCUUCCCCUUCCCCAGCCAGGGCUCCAAUGGCACCCAGGGCACCCCGGCCAAGAACGCCACCUCCAUCAUCAUGGCCAUCGCCAUCACCGCCCUCUACUCCGUGGUGUGCGUGGUGGGGCUGCUGGGCAACGUCCUGGUCAUGUAUGGCAUCGUCAGGUACACCAAGAUGAAAACAGCCACCAACAUUUACAUCUUCAACCUGGCUCUAGCGGACGCGCUGGCCACCAGCACGCUGCCCUUCCAGAGCGCCAAGUACCUGAUGGAGACCUGGCCUUUUGGGGAGCUGCUCUGCAAAAUCGUCCUCUCCAUUGACUACUACAACAUGUUCACCAGCAUCUUCACCCUUACCAUGAUGAGCGUGGACCGCUACAUCGCUGUCUGCCACCCAGUCAAGGCCCUGGACUUCCGUACCCCCACCAAGGCCAAGAUCAUCAACGUCUGCAUCUGGGUCCUCUCCUCCGUGAUUGGGGUGCCCAUCAUGAUCAUGGCUGGUACUACUCUUCUCUCCCCUACAGACGGGAUGGUCUUGUGCAUGCUCCAGUUCCCCGACCCUCCCAUGUACUGGGACACGGUGACCAAGAUCUGCGUGUUCAUCUUUGCCUUCAUGGUGCCCAUCCUGGUCAUCACCAUCUGCUACGGGCUCAUGAUCCUGCGCCUGAAGAGCGUGCGUCUCCUCUCGGGCUCCAAGGAGAAGGAUCGCAACCUGCGCCGCAUCACCCGCAUGGUGCUGGUGGUGGUGGCGGCCUUCAUCAUCUGCUGGACGCCCAUCCACAUCUUCGUCAUGGUCUGGACUCUGGUGGACAUCGACAAGAAGAACCCCUACGUGGUGGCCAGCUUGCACUUCUGCAUCGCCCUGGGCUACACCAACAGCAGCCUCAACCCCGUCCUCUACGCCUUCCUGGACGAGAACUUCAAGAGAUGCUUCCGGGAGUUCUGCCUGCCUUUCCGCUCCCGGAUGGAGCAGAACAGCUUUUCCCGGGCGAGGAACACCACCCGGGAGCGCGUGUCCACCUGCACCCCCUCCGAAGCCCUCCACAAGCCGGCAUGACUAGACAUGGACAGCCACCGCCGGGGCUCCCGCGGGCGCAGAGGAGAGGACCUGCACUCGGAGGUGACGCAGGUCACCACCACCGAGUUCUAGCGGAGGAGGCGGAAGGGGAGCACUGGUGCUGGAGGAAGGGCGGCCGGUGCAGGACUUGAUUUCUUUCCUUCUUUUUUACAAAAAAAAAAAAAAAAAGCAAAAAAAAAAGCAAUUGCAACAGCUUGAUUUGCUACGAAGCAGCCGGGCUGGAUCAGGCAUUCACAAAGCCACAGACACUUGGGUGAGGAUUUCUAAGGCUUGAGGACAGGGAAUGGGAGGAUUUAGAGGCUCAUCUCUCAAGCACCCCUGGGUCUGCACAACAGCUAGUCUGGAGGUGGAGGACCGUGCAACCCGGUAGCACCAGCACCAUUGCACCAUCCCUCACCCCCGCCAUGCAGCCAGGUUGGAUGGGGGAACUUAUACAUUCGUACAUUGUAAGGCCGGACGAGACUUUGGACGAUCAUCAGGUCCAGGCCCCUGCACCAACGUGCAUCAGUCUUGGAUGAAAUACUGAUAUCUGGGCACCCUUUAUAC